AACAGCUCUCCCGUAAUGGCGAACGAGGAUGUGCCGCAUAAUCAAGAUAAGGUGCUCGACGGAAUCAGUGCCAUCGAUAAUGCUGUAUACGCAAUAUCCAGAGACAGGGAAGUGAAAACGACAAUAGAUAUACUCAAAUAUUUUAAAAAUGAAAAACAAAUAGAAGAUAAACUUGACAAGAAAAAGUCGUCGCGUAUCGAAGCUUCGGAUGUCAGUCAUUAUUUCACUUUGGCUAUAUUAGCCGCAUCAUCAUGGGGUCUCCUCUACUGCGCGUUUGGCUCGGACUGGCGUUGGGACGGGCCGUGGUCGCGCCUGGCGCUGGUGGCGGCGGUGGCGUGGGGCGGCGGCCGCCUGCUGCAGGCCACCACGACGCUGCCGGCGCUGCUCGCCGCCCUCGCCACCGGCAUUGUGGCCACCAACCUGGACUUUCUGGAUAUGCGGGAUUAUAGUGAGGUUGACACGUUUUUGAGGAAAAUAUACCCAGUAGUGAUCCUUGGCAAGGCGUCCCUGGGCUGGAAUGUAAACUACAUGAGGUCAGAAUGGAAGCGGGUCCUGUCGCUGGGCUCCCUGCCUUGGGCUGCCGAAGUGGCGGCGGUGACUGUCUCUACACAUCUACUCUUUGGGUUCCCGUGGCUGUGGGGCGUCCUUCUGGGUUCAAUCUACGCCUCCGUCUCCUGCGCGGUGGUGAUGCCGUCAGUGGCCCGGCAGCAGCGCCCGGGGAGCUCUCGCAACUGGCCCCAGCUCGUGUGCACGGCCGGCGGCGUCGAUACGGCCCUCAGCGUGGGGGUCUACGGGCUCGUGUACAGCUACAUGUUCGUUGACGCGUCCGAUGUUUAUAAGUAUGUGAAAGCAGCCCUAACCCUCUUCGUAGGGGUGGCCCUAGGCGUGGGCUGGGGCAGCCUGGCGCGGGUGGCGCCGCACCGGGACGACCCAUACGUCACUGAGUUGAGGAUCCUGCUGGUGCUGCUGGGCGGGCUGCUCGGCAACUUCGGCACCAUGAUGCUGGGCUGGGGCGGCGUCGGCGGGGUAGCGGUGCUGGCGUGCAACGCGACGGCGGCGCACCACUGGGCGCGCGCGGGCUGGCCCCUGAACAGGAACCCCGCCGCCACAGCCUACCGCGUGGCGUGGGCCGCGCUCGAACCCAUGGUCUUCGCGUAUUCGGGGACCUUCUUCAAGAUCGACGCAUCAACGUGGGACACCCUACUUCUAGGGCUGGCCGUGCUGGCAGUGAGCCUGGGCGUGCGGCUCGCGGUGACCUGGGCGGUGUGCGCGGGGCUCAGCACUAGGGAGCGCCUGUACGUCUGCGCCGCCUGGGUGCCUAAGAGCAUUGUGCCGGCGGUGCUAUGCCCGCUGGCCAUUGACACGUUGUUGCCGAAUGUGGAUGACCCUCGCAUGGAGUACGCCGAGACGCUGAUGCGGCUGCUGGUGCAGCUGAUCAUCAUCACCACGCCGCUCGGCUUCCUGCUCACGGACCGGCUCGGACCCUGGCUGCUUAGAGAAGGUAAUACGGAACCAAAACGAAAUUCAAGUUACGGCGUCGAGAGCGAAGAAACUUGAUGCUUAUUUAAGUGUCCAUUAUUUUGGUUAACUUACUUUAAUUUUAAACAUUGAUGUCGUUUAUAAGAUUGAAAUGUACUGUAUGUUUAAAAAUCGACUCGAUUAGUGUUUCCGUAAAUCACAUUUUAGGCUAGCAAAAUUUUUAGUUUGACUUAAAAUGAAAUUUUCUGCCUUCAGAAUCAGUAUAAUAGGUAUAAUUAUUUUUUAUUAGGAAUAUAUAUUUUUAAACCAAUGAUUUAGAUGAAGUGCGAUGAGAAAUUAAAAAAUCAAGCGUAUCAGGGGAUGUUCGGAAAUGAAGGAGCUCCCGUUAUUGUCCGUUGACAUUAAUUUAACCCUGUAUAUUUUCCCUCUUUCAUAGUUCUGGCAAAUUGUUAAUUAUGAUUCAAAGAUAAUCGCAUUUACAACUAGGUACGCUUUUUUAGGGACCAAUUAAUUUAUAGUUAGCUAGCUAGUUUAAAAAUCUUCAUUAUUGAAUAUCGCAUUAGAAAUGAGAUGAAAGGUUGUUGUGUACAUGUAUAAGGCAAGAGAUGCGGCCAUUUUGGUACAAGCGAUAUAUUAAAGGUCAUCUUAAGUUUAGUGAUAAUUUUUAUGACUACAUAUUGCAAUUUAGAACAACUAAAUAUACCAAAGGUAGGUUAAGAUAGCAAAAUAUUUAUAAAAUCGAAAUUGUAUAAUAACCAAUUUAGAGAGUAUAAUUAAAUCAUGUACCAUGUAACUGAAAAGCUGGAAAAUAAAUUACAGAAGCGUU